AGGAAAUCACUUUCACCUGAAAUGCUGGGACCACACUACAAUCACACAGUGGACACCCCUGCCACCUUCUUCCUGGUGGGGAUUCCGGGCUUGCCAUCCUCACAUCUUUGGCUGGCUAUCUCACUGAGUCCCAUGUACACCACAGCCCUGGUGGGAAACAUCCUCAUCGUGACUGCAGUCUGGAUGGAUUCUACUCUGCAAGAGCCCAUGUAUCACUUGCUGUGCUGUCUGGCUGCUGUGGACAUUGUCAUGGCCUCCUCCGUGGUGCCCAAGAUGGUGAGCAUCUUCUGCACGGGAGACAGUUCCAUCAGCUUUCAUGCUUGUCUCACUCAGAUGUAUUUUGUGCAUGCGGCCACGGCUGUGGAGACAGGGCUGCUGCUGGCCAUGGCUUUUGACCGCUAUGUAGCCAUCUGCAGGCCUCUGCACUACAAGACAAUUCUCACCCCUCAAGUGAUCCUGGGCAUGACUGUGGCCAUCAUUCUUCGAGCUGUCCUGAUCAUGACUCCACUGAGUUGGAUGGUGAGUCAUUUGCCUUUCUGUGGCUCCAAUGUGAUUCUGCAUUCCUACUGUGAGCACAUGGCUGUGGUCAAGUUAGCGUGUGCUGACCCGAUGCCCAGCAGUCUCUACAGCCUCAUUGGUUCCUCCAUUAUUGUGGGGUGUGAUGUGGCUUUCAUUGCUGCCUCGUAUGUGUUGAUUCUCAGGGCAGUAUUUGGUCUUUCUUCCAAGAAAGCUCAGUUGAAAGCAUUGAGUACCUGUGGUUCUCAUGUGGGAGUUAUGACUCUCUAUUAUCUACCUGGGUUGGCAUCCCAUUAUGUAUCCUGGCUAGGGCAAGACACAGUACCCUUGCACACUCAAGUGUUGUUAGCUGACCUGUAUCUUGUCAUCCCACCUACCUUAAAUCCUAUCAUCUAUGGCAUGAGAACCAAGCAAAUCCGGGAGAGAAUAUGGAUCUUUCUUAUUCUUUUUCUUUUUGAUAAUAACCAAUUGGACUUGAGCAAAGGGAUUUCUCAUUGUGGUUUUGAUUUGCAUUUCUUCGAUGAUGCAGCGAUGCUGAACAUUUUUAAAAGAUUCUAA